CUUACAAUUUUGUUUGCUCGUAUAUUAUUCAUACUACAGAUUGCUAUCUCAGCUUCAAACACUGGUGGGGCAUGGGAUAAUGCAAAGAAAUACAUAGAGGCAGGAGUUUCUGAGCAUGCAAAAUCACUUGGUCCUAAAGGGUCAGAUGCCCACAAGGCCGCUGUUAUUGGUGACACAAUUGGUGAUCCUCUUAAGGACACUUCUGGUCCUUCACUCAAUAUCCUCAUUAAGCUCAUGGCAGUAGAGUCCUUGGUGUUUGCUCCUUUCUUCGCCACUCACGGAGGUCUAAUCUUCAAACUACUUUGAGUAAAAGUAAAAUAUUUUUAGAGC